AUGUAUAAAUGUAAUUUCUGUGAGAAAGACAAUCUUGCUGAGGCUGAGGCAGAUAAUUUAUUACCAAUAGAUGAUCAAAAUCUGUUACCAUCGCAAAUUUCAAGUUUUGGAAAUGAUGAAAGGAUUGAAAUCGAUGAUGAUGAUGAUGAAAGGAUUGAAGACGAUGAUGAUAAAAGGAUCGAAGAUGUUGAUAGUGAUGAUGGUGAAAAAAUUGAAGACGAUGAUGAUGAAAGGAUCGAAGAUGUUGAUGGUGAUGAUGGUGAAAGGAUCGAAGACGAUGAUGAUGAAAGGAUCGAAGAUGUUGAUGGUGAUGAUGGUGAAAGGAUCGAAGACGAUGAUGAUGAAAGGAUCAAAGAUGGUAAUGGCAAUAAUGGUGAAAGGAUCGAUGAGGAUGAAAGUAUCGAUGAUGAUGACGAUUUUCACGAUGGAAGUUAUAUUGCUGCACUUGAUGAUUUAAAUGACAAUAAUAAACAAGAAACCGUUACAUGGUCAAGUCAGACAUAUAAAAAAUUUAUAACAGCAAUAAUACAGUAUCGUAUUUCAGAUGCAGCAAGUCUUCAUCUAAAAACACAAGAUCUCGUUGAAUUUGAAGGAAUAACUUAUAAAUUACAUUAUCGUCUUAUUAUUGAUGCAAUAAAAAGUCUCACAUCUAAUCAAGAAUUAUGUAAAGAAUUUUUUCUUGAUUAUAAGGAAGAGUGGGAAUCUUGUGAUGACAGAACUUUGAUGCGAGUAUAUUCAGAACAAAAUACUGCAGAAUGGUGGCAUGAAAGAGAGUCACCUUUUAGUAAAAUUCUUGCAGUAAUGUUAUACAUUGAUGGUACUGCAACGACAGCUUCUGCUACUCUAUCGCCACAAGAAUUUCGUCUCUCUCAUAAAGUCAUAAAAUUUGUAAUUUAA